CAACGGGACCGGGGCACAACAAGGGUGCCGGCGAAGGGGAGGGAGAGGGCUGCCCAGAGAGCAGACAGUCCAGGGCUUGAGGAGUCUGGGUGUGUGGUUUAUUUUUUCUCCCGACAAAGACACACACUGUCUAAACUGUGUGGCUAGUUGUUAUUAAGAAGCUGCUGGACGAGUGAAAAAAAUGUAUUUCAUCAAAGGCCCAGUGUUUGUGGUCUUCUUGGGCUCACUGCUGAGCUCAGGAAACCCUGAGGUGUGACCAGCUUUCAGCCUUCAAAACCAAGAUGAACUGCCCUUGAGAAGGGUGUUCAGAGGAAAACCAUGUUCACCCUCUCCCUCCUGAGCCGGGGACAUGGCAAGCUGGUCCAGAACAAACAGAAGUUCGAAGUCUAUUUUGAACCGGAGGAUUACUUGAACUGGAAGUCCCCGGAAGAUUACAUCCUGGUCAGCAAACCACAGGAUGAGGGCAACGCUGACCAGCACACGUGGAGCCUCUUUCUUCCUAAAACAUUCAGCACUAGAAAAGGUGCCCUGAUCCUCUACUCGGAAGGUUUGGCUAUUUCAGCAUGGACCCCCGAAGAGAGGAGAAAAGGCCCCUACUGCCCCAAAGGCCGCAGGAAGAGGCCAGAUCUUGAAUUGCGCACACUUCAGGACCUCAAAGAAGCCAUCCUGGCGUACGGAAGGAGACAGAGAGAGCAGGACAGAGCCUGGCAGCCGUACCUUCACUUCCGAAGCCAACCAGAGAGCCAGGGCCUGCGGCAGAUCCAACCUGGGUACUCAGCCAAGAGAUACCUCCGCGGCCUCUUGCGGACGUGGCCCCCUGGCACCAUAUACAAGCUCCAAUGUGCAGGAUACAUCAAGGAUUCUGUGCUGCUUCAGGACAGUCAACUUAAUGUACCAAAGAAUCUCAGGCCACGGCCGGACCUUUCAAGUGUACCUCCCAAAUACCAUCUCCUGCCUGUCUUCCCUCCGUUUUGGAUUCAACAAGGAAAAUCUUUUGGACAAGGUCAGCAGGACCUGCAUGAAGGGAAAGCUGGGGCUGGUGGACAAGUUGACCAGGGCUCUGUAGCCAAGGGCCGUGGCAGCCAGGGGACUCGCUUGCCACCACUCAGGAAGCAGCCCUGGCAGGAAGACGAAACCCAGACAGAGGACACGUCAAAAGACAAUCAUUGUUGUAUCCAUGCUUCAAAAGAAAGCCACCAUGAAAAAGCACAGCAAACCUCCAGGAGGACCCUCGGGCAUGCCCUCUUCGAUCACUCUUGGCUCCUGCAUAACAAAUCCCACAGGACAUUCUACUAUGGAGGCGCCUUCCCCAACAGGAAGGCAGACCUCAGUGACAAACAAGGGACUAUGAUGCUGCACCAGGGCAGAAGCAGCCACUUGUUCAAGGAUCCUCCUGCAGAACAAUGUCUUUUCCCUCCUGUAGCACCUGCUGCUGGCUCAGAAAAAAACAUGCCUGGGGACAUGAAGAAGAAAAAGGUACCUAAAGCUUUGAAAUUACCUCUUAUCUCAGAAGAACCACCCAGAGUCCUGGACCCCCUGAGGAGUCAACUUAAAGCCAAUGAGCCCCCAGCAGAGCUCUUCAUCUUCCCUGUGGAGAUUCAUUAUCAUAGCCAACACCCGCCAAAAGGCAAGGCACGAAGAAGAGGUGCUCCAUGCCCUGAGUCAGCACCAGAAACAGAAGAAGAGCAUGGGCCGUCAUGGAGACCUCCCCUGAAGCAGGUGUCCCUAAGAAGGUCAAGGGCGUUAAGAGUGCAUCUCCCAAUGGACACAGACAGGGACACACUCUCGCCUCAAGAGGAUGUUGCUCCGCCCCAGAAGGGGACCUCAACACCAUCCCUGAGGAAAGGAAAGAGAAGUCCAGAGAGCCAGAGAGGCCCAGACAGCCCCAGGACAUCAGGCCGCAGCAGCCCCACAGGCCCCGCACGUGACAGACCAGCUGGGGGGGAACUUCCAGCAGCAGGACGAGCGUAUGAAUCUAUCAGUUCAAAUGCCGGCCAUCGAGAGGAGGAAUCUAGUAUUCAGCAUCUUCUAAAAGUAAACACUGAAUCCAGAACAGAUCUUCAUAUGAACCUUAAUGAGACCUCACCUUUGACUCAAAAGCCAGAGAAUCAGGGAGCCCAGCAGUCCUUGGAGGCAGCAGCUCAGAAGACAGGAGAGCCUCAAAGUUGUAUAAAUAAAGGGCUGAUAUGUUCAAACAGAAAAGAAUUUUACACGCGCAAGCUGCACCUCGACAUGACGCCGUUCCUGAAGGCAAGUGGAGAAGAGAUGGAUGAUCAUGAAGAGGCUGGAGAACUCCUCAGAGAAAAUCAUCCAGACGCUCAAGACCCAGUGCCGAGGGAUAUGACCCUUGACCCUCUUUGUGCUUCCCUGGCUGAGCACAUGCAGACCCCUGAGGCAGACACUGUCCAAAAGGCGGGCAAAGAUUAUAAUGCGCACCAUCGGCACAUAGGACUUCCAGGACGUGGGCCUGACUCACCAGAAGGGCUGGAUCCUAUAGACACAUCUUUUCUUCCAAGAGGAAAAGAAGGGAAGACUGAGCCAAGGCUGUUCAACCAGCAGACAUCAAACAACAUCAGUAACGAGAUGGAGUUGAUUGAAAAAGCCAAGAGCAAGAAAAGGGCCAAGACAGAUAAGUCCAAGGCACCCAAGAGGGAGAAAGGAGGAAAACUCCAUGAGGAAGCAGAGGCUGCUGUUGGAAAGUCAAAGGAAUCAAAAGUUGAAAAGAAAUCAGAGCUAACUGCCAAAGGAAAAAAACCAAGAGCCAAAGGGAAAAGGACACAGAAGGAAGGGAAUCUGGAAACAGCUGCGGAGCUGAGUGGGCCUGAUGUCAUUAACUCUAAGGAAACCAAAGACCACUCAGGUGGAGGCGUCUUCCGCUCAGGUUCUGGUGUAGAGGACCCUUGGCUCUCUUCCAAAGUUGAGGCUCCUGAGAGUCAAGUUUCUAUAGAUGGAAGGUCAUCGCCCACCCAGACUGCAACUGUCCCCGCAAACACAGAACCUGAAGGAGAGGGAAGCCACGAGGACCCUUCUAAGGCCUUCCUCAUCAAGAGGGAACAAGAGAAGGCUUCCCGGGACAGGCUGCGAGCAGAACGGGCUGAGAUGAGACGGCUGGAGGUGGAGAGGAAGAGAAGGGAGCAGGAGGAGCGGCGGCGGCUCCAGCAGGAGCAGCUGGAGAGGGCAGAGAGGAUGAAGGAGGAACUGGAGCUGGAGCAGCAGCGCCGCGCGGAGGAGAUCCGCCUCAGGAAACAGAGACUUGAGGAAGAACGACAGCGGCAGGAGGAGGAGGAGAGAAGGCAGUGGCUCCAGUUGCAGAUGGCCCAGGAGCGAGCUCGGCAGCAACAGGAGGAGUUCCGGAGGAAAUGUCAGGAGCUGCAGAGGAAGAAGCAGCAGGAGGAAGCUGAGAGGGCUGAGGCAGAAAAGCAAAGGCUGAAGGAGUUGGAAAUGCAGUUAGCAGAAAAGCAAAAGCGCCUGAUGGAAAUGGCUGAAGAAGAACGGCUGGAGUACCAGCGGCAGAAACAGGAAGCAGAAGAGAAGACUCGGCGGGAAGCAGAGGACAGAUGGCAGAAGGAAGAGGAAGCGGCAAGGUUGGCUCAGGAGGAAGCCAUGAAACAAGCCCAGGAGCAAGCCAGGCAAAAAGAUGCUUUGAAGAAACAUCUUCAUUUCCACCAAGAACUCCAUAAGGAAGCAAGUGGCCUACAGUGGACACACAACAUUUCCAGACCAUGGGUCUACUCUUACUUUCAAUUCCUACAAAUACCAAGACCUUAAGACUAGAAGAAAAAUAAAGAGUUGGAAGAUGGUAAUGGAAAAAGAGAAACUUCCUUCUAUAAUGAAGUGCCAUACUGAGCUCAAUUAGUUCCAUUUCAUCUGGUUCACCUCACUGUACAGCUAAGUUCACUCUAGGACCUCCAUCCACACCACUGUCAAGUAGCCACAUGUAGCUAUAUAAACAUAAAACAUUCAGUUCUCCAGUCACACUAGUCACAUUUCAAGUGAUCAAUAACUGAAUGUGGCUACUGGCUACAAUAUUGGACAGCAGAUACAGAACAUUUUCACCACAAAAAGUUAUAUUGGACAACACUGUAUUCUUGAGCCCUGAAAAUUAACCAGCCUUGAGGUUUUGCUCCUAACUGUGCCUUGAAAAACCAGCCACUCACAUAAUUUCCCCAUUUUAAAAAUCACACUGGGGCGGGGGGGGGAGAUCAGGAUGGGGAAUACAUGUAAAUCCAUGGCUGAUUCAUGUCAAUGUAUGACAAAAACCACUACAAUAUUGUAAAGUAAUUAGCCUCCAACUAAUAAAAAUAAACGAAAAAAAAUCACACUGGCUCUAUCAAGUGUCCUGAUUAGAUAAUUUAUCUUUAACAUCUUUAAUAACAGUAAGUAUCUACUACAGAACAAUCAUUAAAGGAGAUGAAGAACCUUUAACAAAUAAGAUACAUAAAAUGAUGUUAAAACAAGCAGUUAUCUGAAGCAAAAUUUUCCCACAAAUUUCCUUUGGCCCUACUCUAUACUUCAGUCUGCAUUUAAAAACGGAAUACUUGCAGACGAUUCUCUGGAAAUUUCACACUAAUGCUUAUAAGGUGCUUUCUACAGGAGCUGCACUUCCACAGACCAGAAGUCAAGCUCUGUGUUUGUACUGCUGUGCUAUUGGAUUCGCUUAAAUUUGAUGCUUCAACUCCUUCCUUUACGCAACAUAGAAAUAAAAUGGCCAACACACUGGCUAUCGUA